CAGAAAACUUCCGGGGCCCCUUCUGCUCUAGCUCGUAAGAAUAUGGGGAUAAUGGCAAGAAACGGGCUGAUGAAGAUCCCUCCGGUUGGGCCUCCUCUCUCCCCACAGGCUCCCGGAACCUUUCUGCAGCGCUUUCUGUCCGGACGUGCCGGAGCGGAGACCGGAAGUCCUUUGCCGGCGGGUCCCGAGUUUCCUGGGCUACUACGAUGGCGAUGAGUUUCGAGUGGCCGUGGCAGUAUCGCUUCCCACCCUUCUUUACGUUGCAGCCGAACGUGGACACUCGGCAGAAGCAGCUGGCCGCCUGGUGCUCGCUGGUCCUGUCCUUCUGCCGCCUGCAUAAACAGUCCAGCAUGACGGUGAUGGAAGCCCAGGAGAGCCCGCUCUUCAACAACGUGAAGCUCCAGCGGAAGCUGCCUGUGGAAUCAAUCCAGGUUGUGUUAGAGGAACUGAGGAAGAAAGGGAAUCUUGAGUGGUUGGAUAAGAACAAGUCUAGCUUCCUGAUCAUGUGGCGGAGGCCAGAAGAAUGGGGGAAGCUCAUCUAUCAGUGGGUUUCCAAGAGUGGCCAGAACAACUCCGUGUUCACCCUGUAUGAACUGACCAAUGGGGAAGACACAGAGGAUGAGGAGUUCCACGGGCUGGAUGAGGCAACCCUACUGCGGGCUCUGCAAGCCCUCCAGCAGGAGCACAAGGCCGAGAUCAUCACCGUCAGCGAUGGCCGAGGUGUCAAGUUCUUCUAGCAGAGACCUAUCUCCCUUUACUUCUUACCUCCCACCCUGCCAGGGCUUUCAAAGGGAGACAGACCAAGUGUCCCCACAGACUGGAUCUGUGACUCCACCUGACUCAAAAGGGCUCUAGUCCACGGGAGGGUUUCCUGCUUAUCUCAUUUGUCUGUCCCUGGGAUCCAGUGAGGCUGAGGUGCCAGGGAGGGAAUAUGUGCUUCUCCUUGUCCCAACUCUCCUGAGCCAGGGUCUGAAACCCAGCACUUCACUUGUGUCAUACACGUAAGUACACACACACGGCCUGCACAAGCUUUUGUCAUACAUGUAAGUACACACACACACAGAAACAGCCUGCACAAGCUUCUGUCUGUCAUACAUGUAAGUGUACACACACACAUGGCCUGCACAAGCUUCUGUCUGUCAUACACUUAAGUGUACACACACACACAGCCUGCACAAGCUUCUGUCAUACACGUAAGUGUACGCACGUGCACACACACAGCCUGCACAAGCUUCACACACACACACGGCCUGCACAAGCUUCUGUCAUACAUGUAAGUGUACGCACAUGCACACAUACACACAGCCUGCACAAGCUUCACACACACACACACACACACACGGCCUGCACAAGCUACACACACACAGACACACAGACACAGACACACACACACACACGCACGCGCACGCGGCCUGCACAAGCUUCUGUCUCUUCCCCCAACCCCACCCUCCACCCCCACCCCUUUAGCUGCUACUGCCUCCUCUCAGGCUGGUGCUGGAUCCCUCCUAGGGGAUGGGCAAAGCCCUGGCUGCAGGCAGCCCUCCAGGCAAUGUGAAGAUAGAAGGCCCAGGAGGGGGCCUGGCCAUGAGAGCUGGGGCCCAACACUGAUUUAUGAUUAUUAAAAAGCUUAAACCCA